GAUUUCUUCCGUUUAGUCAAGUGACGCCAUUGUGAGCCGUAACGACUUUUAAGAGCAUAGAGUUUAAUCUCUAAUUACUUAAAUAAUCUUGGUAAAUUGUGAUUUUAUAUACAAUGAACUUGUUCUAUUCGUUAUGCGCUUUCUAAAUCGCUUUAUAUUUUCAACAAAGAUUGUGUAGAUCAUAAAGAAUAAUAAAAACAAUAUUAAAAUGGCAGAUGACAUGCCCACAUUUAAAUGCGUGCUGGUCGGCGACGGCGGUACUGGCAAAACCACAUUCGUGAAACGACAUUUGACUGGAGAGUUCGAGAAAAGAUACGUCGCAACUCUCGGGGUGGAAGUCCAUCCUCUAGUCUUCCACACGAAUCGUGGCCCUAUCAGAUUCAAUGUUUGGGACACGGCAGGGCAAGAGAAGUUUGGAGGUUUGAGAGACGGUUACUAUAUUCAGGGUCAGUGUGCGAUCAUAAUGUUCGACGUAACCUCUCGUGUCACUUACAAGAAUGUACCCAACUGGCACAGGGAUUUGGUGCGAGUGUGUGAAGGUAUUCCCAUCGUACUUUGUGGAAACAAAGUUGACAUCAAGGAUAGGAAAGUCAAAGCGAAAACUAUCGUUUUUCACAGGAAAAAGAACCUCCAGUAUUAUGACAUCUCAGCCAAGUCAAAUUACAACUUUGAAAAACCUUUCCUGUGGCUGGCAAGAAAGCUGAUUGGUGAUGGUAAUCUAGAGUUUGUUGCUAUGCCUGCUCUCGUACCACCCGAAGUCACCAUGGACCCACAAUGGCAGAACCAAAUUGAAAAGGAUCUCAAAGAAGCUCAGGACACUGCUCUCCCGGAGGAAGAUGAAGACUUGUAAAUAACUAUUAUGUAUAGCAUUAUGUUACGUCUCUAGAGGAACAUUUGGAAUCUUAUAUAACACAAAAAUAAAAAUAAAAUUCCUUGUGUGCUCUUUGGAAAAGUGAUGGAAGUAUUUAGAAUGUAAUGUUAAGCUAAAAAUUCUCAUUAAAAUUUUGUUCAAUAAAUUCGAAUUGAAUUUCAUUUUUUUGAUAAAUUUCCAUUCUAUUAGGUUGCAAUUGGUUUGUACAUUGAUGUAAUGUGGUAAAUUAAAUAAUUACUUUUAUCAGUUCAUGUAACUUUGAUCAAUAGCUUCAACACUAAUAAUUUAAAUGUUCUUAGUUCAAUGUCAUAUAGUACCAUAUUAUAUGCACCCUCAUCUUGUGAGAGCUUUGUAAUGUCAUGUCUGUAUAAUGUAUACAACUGAUAUACAUAUUUCGUAAAUUGGUUUAAUUAAGAUCUACUGUAGAGUAUUAUUUUUGUAAAAAAUUGUUUUAAGCCGAUCGAUUGCAGUUUGCACAUCUAGUAAUGUGCACAUUUCUUCAGCUUGUCUCUUUGCGUAGGUUCCUACUGAAUAAUUAAUUAAAGAUGCAAUGAAGAUCUGCUUAAAACAAGCUUUUGUCUGGUCAAAUUAUGACUACAUGCUUUAUCAUGAAACAUGUUUUACAUACUUUUAUUUAAAAACAAUCACAAUAUUGUCCAGUGAUUAAUACUGAAUAUUGUAAUUUACUGUCUGAAGUUAAGGUGACAUCAGAUGGUUUAUUUCUUGUUCAUUUCUGUUUUUCAUUUUGCAUCCUAAAGGGAGGGGGAAGACAGUAAACUGUCUGAGCACAAAAUGAAUCAAAAAGACUAACAUUUCACUCGCGAUGCGAAUGAACGAAAAAUGAAACGUCUGAAUACAUCGGGAGAACUUUCACACAAGCUCGACCAAUUUAUCUUGUGACCUAUAGUGGACGCGCGUAGGAAAAUAUUAUUUUGUCAGUAUAAGCGAUAAAAUUAUAUUCAAAUAGAAAAUACGCUUCUGUUUUUAUAGUUCAUUUCCUUCUUUUUGUCAAUUCUUAGAUCAUAAUUUGUACUACCAAUGAUCUUGGUGCACACAACUUCGUUUGAAGACGUAUUCAAGAACAGUAGCCAGGUCAAGUUAGCUCAAGAAGUAGGAGGUUACAAUAAUUUGCAUAGAGCUGAAAAACAACGCAAUAAGCUAUGAAUGUUGGGAACACCGUUAUAAAUGAAUUGUGAUAAGUCCUCACUCCGGAUCAACCCAUUUGCAAAAAAACUAUUCAAAGUCAAAGUUAACAAAAAUGGGGUUUUUGCAUUUUUCAGCUAAUCUGUAUUUUUUAUCUUAAAAUACUAUGUAAUACUACAACUAUUUUUAAAUCAAAUUUAAUAAAAGUUGACAUAUUUAUAUUCGCAACAAUAAAUUUUGAAACAUUUUUAUACAUAAUUGCAUGAUCCACAAUUUUUGUCUGACCUAUUAUAUUAUAGAACUUGCUGUUCAGCUGGAAAAUGCAAUAACCCUAUUUUUGUAAACUUUGACCUUUAAUAAAAAAAAUGCAAAUUCGGGCUCAAUGGGGACUUUCACAAUUAAUUUAUAAUGGUGUUAUCCCAACAUUUGUACUUACUAACUUUUAACUCUAUGCGAAUUCUUGUAACCCCGAAUGUCUAUUUUGACUGGACUUUAAAAAGAGCCGAUGAAGGGGUCAUUUUGUCUGCCUGACCUGUGAACAACGUAGAAUGAAACAAAUAAUUACUCGCAAAAUGAACCAUCUGAUAUCUCCUUUAGUAAGAUGUAGAGGAUUCACAAUCUGGCGAUACUUUUUGAAAUAAAGUUAAUUUCAUGUAAA